AUGGCAGAAAGCAAAAAGGAUGAGGAGCUGGACAGCAGUGACGAAGAUCUUUGGGAAGAGGGAGAGGCGCCCGAAAUUAGAUCUCCGGCUGCGAGGUCCCCCGUCAAGCACGUGCCACAGCUUUCACUGACGGGGCUGCGCUCCAGCCUCCAGGGCUCGGCGCUUAUGGGGCUGCCGCCUCCCGAGGAGCCAGGCCACGCCGAUGAUGCAUCGCUGCCGCCACUGCCGGAGGCAGCGUUGCAGGAAGGCCCCGGUCUGGCCUCGGAUGUGCCGCCGCCUCCUGUGCCGCCCGCAGAGCUCUGUGUGGGCGUGAUCCACCAGAAUGUUUUCUAUUUCGAAGGAAGGCAGCGACGAAGAAUCUACCAGGACGUCGAACUCCAUGCGCUCAUCCUGACUCUUAUCCUCACGCUUCUCCUCUCGCCGGGGCGAGGCUUGCUGGAUCCAAGUUACUCCGAUCAGUACCCCACCCACCGGCAUCGACGGAACAUUCCCUUCCUCCUCAGCGCGCACCUGAACCACAGUGCCAACAGGAGUGUCCUGCCAUGGGUCUUCCAGCAGGUGGAUCGAAUCGGGCGCAUUGGUGAGCUACGUCUUUUGAAGCUUCUCGUCGAGUCGGCAAUGCACCGCUGGAUGUACACCAACAUGCGGGUGGUGGGCCAGGGGCAAUUCGGAACUGUGAUGCAGAGCGGCGUUACUCUGGGCAAUCAUGGUAACCUUCAGGUUGCCAUCAAGCACAUCCCGAAACAAACAAACAUCCAGGAUCGCUGCGUUUUGGUCGAUGUCUUCAACGAAAUCACCUGCUUGGACACGGUGCGAUUCGAGGACCACCUCUGCCAAAUCUUCGACUUCGGUGUGGAAGAGUCUUGCUACUGGAUUGUGAUGAAGUGUUAUGGCACCACGUUGAAGAGGUGGCGAGAGCAGCUGAUUGGGACUCUGACUGAUCAUCUUCCGGUACUGCUGGCAAUUUUCAAGCAGAUCCUGGAGGCUGUGGCCGUGCUGCACAAGCAUGAUAUCGUCCACUAUGAUCUCAAGUGCGACAACAUCAUGAUUGAAUCAGCUCACAAGUCCUCAAGUCCGGGCAGCGACAUGGACGAUGGCACCGUUGCGGAAUUCGAUGGCACAGAAGAGGUCCCGCGAAUAGCAGUGGUAGACUUCGGCGAGUCGCGCAUGAUGGAGAAUCCAUUCGAGUUGGACCUGCGCAAUCGGGGGACAGAGAUCAUCAAGGGCCCCGAGAUGCUGGAGCUCGACUUCGUGAGUCGCCGGGACUCCAAGGCGCACGACAGGCGCAAACGCGUUGGCACCAACAAGGCUGCCGACAUCUGGUCCCUGGGCUGUCUCUUCUUCGAGCUGCUGACCGGUCGCUUCCUGUUCGAGGAUUAUGACUUCGCAACGCAUUGGGCAUGUGCCACUGGCAAGUCCGGCCAAGAUGUUGUCAACGAGGCAAACGAGCGACGGUUGGAGAACAAGGGACCCCUGCUGGAAUACUUGCGGUACUUGCUCGUUCGCGAUGCAGAUCGACGUCCAACCAUCGGGAUGGCGUGCAAGAGGUUCGACAGUCUGGCGAGUUCUCUGACGGGCUCAGCUGCGGCUGGCAGCCCCGACUCACCCGGCAGCUCGGACCAACGUGCUUCAGGCCUCAACACGCCUGACACACCCCGCAGCAUCGCACAUAGCCUGGGAAGCACCGGGUCCGUGGCUCCGUGGCAUCGGGCAGAUAUGCCCGACAGAGCCCUGAGCUGUGCAGCAGCAGGGGACAGCGAAGGCUACUUUGCCAAGGUUUUAUCGAACCUGAGUAUUCUGGAAGUGAGCGAUGAGGAUCUCCAGAGUGGCCUCGGUGCCCUGCGUUGUCGACUCCGUCAGCACGCGUGGACGCAUGUCCUCGACUUCCGCUCUGUUGGAGCAAUUGAUCUGCCGCUUCAGGAAGCGCCUUUCUCGCUGCGUCCUCCAUGGACAUCGUCCUGUCGCCCGGCGCAGGAAUUUCUGGAGUUUCUGCCGAUUAUCUUUGAUUUCUUGCGGCACGCUGCUCUGGUGCGGGGUCUGGUGCUUUUUGUCGAUGGCUACACGAAGGUGCCGGAUCGCGGAGGCUCUCUGGGAGGUGAGCGCGCCAUGGGCCGCAGGGGAGGACUCGCCGUAGCUGCAGUGCUGGCGCUCCUGUCAGAGACGUACCGACUGGCCGUGUAUUCGGCUUUGUCAUACCUGAGCUCACAGCUCCUUGUGGCAGCCCUUCGCCCAGACGUUGUCCGUGCCGUGGCCUCGUGGCAGGAAGACCUCCGUCAUUCAGCCUGGUCUCGGUGUCGGGGUGCCGUCCGGGUUGCGUGCCUCUGCGGUGCCUGUGCCUGGUACGUGCCCCGAUCCUGGCUCUCGCAGGCAAGUGGCAAGGCAGAGAAGGUCAGUUGCCGGUGCACCCAAGAGGAUGAUGAGCUUCUCUGCCCCAACCGCGGGGCCUGCAAAUCGUACAUCUCCUGGCUCACGGCGCGAUGUGGCUUCCAGGCAUCGAGCCUGCAAUGGCUUUGGCUUCCUCCAGGCCCUCAGCCUCUCAUCGGCGCCGCCGGCCGAGCUCCACAGGUGGAACCUGUUGGCGACGCGGAGCCUUGCGCGAAGGGGCUCUCUCAGCGGUUUCGGUGCAAGAUCUGCCAGGUCUUGACCCAUGCCGAAGUUACGGAGGGACCUUCCGGCAGCUCCGAAGCGGCUGCAGCAAGCCCUCGUGUUCAAACCGUACUGGUUACCACCUAUGAGGUGCUCCGUGCGGCGGCCGCCCGACAGGGACCCGCAGCCAAAGCCAACGCUGCAGACGCCCUUCAGGGUGUUGAUGACAUCCCCAGCGAGGGUAAUGUGGUUCCACAUGUGCGAGGCAUGCGCUCAGACCUCAGCACCACUUGCGAUCUGCGAUGA